AUGGUUGGUGGUGAUUCAUUCGAGGUUUGACCUGCUGAUGAGAGAGUUAGUCGCUCUCCACAAUUUCUUCCUCAGCCAGCCACCACUUUAAUUAAUUCUAAUCGUCUUGUCACAAAAACUAUUUCAUAAUUAGUCGUGGGGGUUGAAAUUUACUGUAAAUCGUAGUUGGGGAAAUUGUAGUUUUCUAUUUUCGCUUCGGUUUGAAGAGUCUCCUGUCUCGCACGUGGUAGAAUUUGGUAGAAGAAGAUAAGCGGUUAUCUGAUAGAGUAGUACAGAGUCAGGAUGAAUAAUCCAUAUUUCAUCAAUGGGGUCCCGAUGCAGGCUACCGUUCCGAUUCCUACGAGUCUUCCUGGUCAUCAUCCAAUGAUGCAGCCUGCCGUCGUCUAUGUGCCCUCAUACUACGUUCAGCCAUUUAUACCAAUGGGUCCAGCCAUUGGCCUUCCACCACCCCCACCUCCCAUGGAAUUUGGGGACAUUUACCUUUUUGGCCACCAAGGACUGCCGCCACCUCCAUUCUAUUCCACGUUCGGGACACCUUUCGUCGUAAAUGCAGGGGAUCCUCUGAACCCAGCCAUAUUGCAGCCCGUUGGUGUUCAGGCGCUGAAUUAUUAUGCACAUAACCUCUCUUGCCGAAUGGAGAUCAUGUUGACGACGCCAAUAACUGAGUUUAUCACUGAUAUAAGUCUUCCUCCACAUUUUGCAAUAACUUAUUCCCUGAUCAAGAUCUUGGAACGGAAUUCGAUUGAGUCUGGAAUUUUUAAAGUGGAUUAUGUGAGAUCGCCGUUGAUGAAGGUUUGCUUCAAGAACAUAGCGAAUAUCUACGCGGCACUUACCACGUCCGAACUGUUCUACACUUUGGAAACCGUUAUCGAUAUGGCGGAUACCUUGUUGAAAAAUGUAGCUCGUUCUCCUGGAACUCUCAAUAAUAUAGUCAACAGCUCCUUACAAGUCUUGCCAGAAGUCGGGUGCAUCAAGUGCCUCAACGCCAUCCAGAUGGGCUUCAGAGCUAUCGAAAAGUUCCACUCGGAGACAGGCGGAGAGGUCACUCUGGAUAUGAAUAAAGUACUCAGUCGAACCCUCGCUCUGUCAAGUUACCUGACGUUUAUUAAGGACCCGGAGUUGGAGUGUGCCUUCCUUGAUAUUUGUGGGGAAAUUGGGCCUGGUUUUGAUGCUUUGAUUAUACCGGACUUAUUAUUUCUCGUUGUCAAUAAAGUACUCGAUUUCCACUACGAACCGACCAACCCCAAUCGGUACAGCGCAGCGCGUGUCGCAGCACAAGCGGGUCGUACAAUGGGGAAACUGUUACAUAUUGAAAGAAUGAUCAGUACACCGAGAAUAAUAGAUACCGUGUUCAUAUCUGGAUUCAAGAACCUGCGCCUUCUCCCCACGCCAAUCCAGCCCACUAUUGUGAGGGCAAACUGGUCGUGGGCCUUGGCCGAAAUGUCUCAGACGAUCUUGGCGAGUAACAGACCAAUUUCCAACGCGGUUGUGAAGAAAGUGAUUGAGUUCGCUGGCUUGAUCAAUCAAGGAAUCAUAAAGGGUCGGUAUAAUGGAUAUCGCGCUUGUGGCAACGUCUUUACAAUGAUGUGUCCACCCGGACACGGCACCGAUGAGGAAGCCGUGGUGAUAUUUCAGCUUUGUGUGAAUCUUGUGUACGACUUGCUAGAACAAAUCGGAACGGGUCAAGAUUACAAAAAUCGCUGGAAUGCUGCGUUCGGGUUAGGCUGUAUCUUUCAAAACUAUGAUUUCGCAAUGUAUUUGGUUGGAGUAAAGAGUCGGACGCAAAGUCAUAGUAUUCUGGACGAAGUGGUGAUCGCUCUGUCAUGGGCAGUGAAGAUUUCACAAAAUUAUAAAGAGAAAAUACAGUGUCUCCUCGGGCUAAAACGAAUUUCAGCCCGCGCCAUGCUCGGAACUAGCAUGAACACGGUCUUGAGCAACAUCUGUCUCGCUGUGGAGGGAUACCCAUUUACGGAUAAUGAAAUGAAGGAGCGGUUCGAGAUGGAGCUCGUUCUCGCCGUCUGCUCCCUGACAGCCCUGCUUAACCCAGAAGAUCAUGCCGUAAUUGAAACUCAGAUCUUCCCCUUUUUCGAUCGACUUAAGCCCAUACUUCGUCAGAUGACCAACCUCAUCGUGGGUGACAGGGUCGAUAUCGUGGGGAAAGCGCGUGAUCGUAUGCAAGCGAUCCGGAAUGAAGUAAGCCCCACGAUCAAGGAGAUGAUCUCUGUUAUGACAUCCUAUCUCGGAACGCUUAUUGGAGAAGAGGUUGACCUUUUUGACUACGGAGAGGAAGAAAUUGACGAUGAUGUCAAUGUGGCGAGAUUUAAUAUGCUAACCAUGGCGGAUUAAUUCUGCUUAAUUUAAGUACAGAAAAUGAAAAUGCAGACUGACUUUAAAAUUACUCGAAUCAAUUGCAAGUGAAUAUCAACCUCAGUCGCGACUAUAUUAUGCUAUUAAUGAACUGAUUGGUCUGAAUUGUCUGCCAAACAUCGAUCUCAAGUUGCACAAGAACUGAAAUACAGAACAGAAUCAAUUAAUGAACAUUAUGUGCUUUACUUAUAACAAACCUGUGAUAAAAAAUUGCUGAAACAUAAGUCCACUAGAGUAUGAUGCUCAUAUUUUCUGUCAUUGUUGCUAAAUUGUGCGUGAUUAUUUUAGCAGUACAGAUAUCUUAGAUAAGUAAGUUACCACGUAAACUACUCCAAAUUAUAAUGUCGUAGUCUUAAUACUAUUUUUAUACAGGAAACAAGUAAUAAAAUGUUUUAUAAAAAUGACCAAUAUUCUCAACCAGUUAAAUGCAGCUAAUUAAAUAAGUCAAGAAUCUCAAUUUGUAAAUUAAUCUUGUCUCUUUAUUGUUAAUAUAUUUAUAUAAAAUCAUGUAAUCAUAAAAAAGUAAAAAGGUGUUGUGAUUGUGAUUCAGAACAAAACAAGGUACUUUUUCGGUUCGGCAAGAGUUAUUUAAGUAAAUAAGUAUAUGGUUUGGUUUGGAUCGGAAUGUUUAUAAAUGGUGAGGAAUUUCAUGCCACAAUUUGUGUAAACUUUGUGAAGUUAUACCUGAGCACAAUCAAUCUCGUAAUUUUGUCGAAGCAGUUGAUAAACCCAUAGUACAAAAUUUACAUUUGUUGCAUUAUAAAGGUGGCGUAUAAUCCUUCACUAUGAGAUAUAUGUUCUGGAGAGGAGGGAGUGAAAUGGUGUAUUUGUAUAAUACUUUUAACGAUUAUUUUGUGUGUAUUUCUAAUUUCUGUUUCGUUUUGUAAGAGAGCGUCCUUCUUUUCAAUGUCACAUCGUUGAUCACUUUGUACUUGGGAGAAACUCUAGAGAUUCAAUGUAUGGUGGCCACUUGAAAGAGUCCCAGAUUCCUAACUCGUCCUGUGAACACAAUUGUAUUUAAUAAUAAUGACAAUCAUUAACAAGUGCGUAAAUUAAAUUAUUGAGAUAAUUCAUUAA